CGUGUGUUACUACACUGUGAUGUGUGUUACUACACUGUGAUGUGUGUUACUACAUUGUGAUGCGUGUUACUACACUGUGACGUGUUACUACACUGUGAUGUGUGUUACUACACUGUGACGUGUGUUACUACACUGUGAUGUGUUACUACACUGUGACAUGUGUUACUACACUGUGAUGUGUGUUACUACACUGUGAUGUGUGUUACUACACUGUGACGUGUACUAUACUGUGAUGUGUGUUACUACACUGUGACGUGUGUUACUACACUGUGGCGUGUUACUACAAUGUGACGUGUGUUACUACACUGUGACGUGUUACUUCACUGUGACGUGUUACACUACUGUGACGUGUUACUACACUGUGACGUGUUACUACACUGUGGCGUGUUACACUGCUGUGACGUGUGUUACUACACUGUGACGUGUUACUACAAUGUGACGUGUUACUGCACUGACGUGUUACACUGUGAUGUGUUACUACACUGUGACGUGUUACAAUGUGACGUGUUACUACACUGUGACGUGUUACUACACUGUGACGUGUUACACUACUGUGACGUGUUACUACACUGUGGCGUGUUACACUACUGUGACGUGUUACUACACUGUGACGUGUUACUACAAUGUGAUGUGUUACUACACUGUGACGUGUUACAAUGUGACAUGUUACUACACUGUGAUGUGUUACAAUGUGACGUGUUACUACACUGUGACGUGUGUUACAAUGUGACGUGUUACUACACUGUGACGUUACAAUGUGACGUGUUACUACACUGUGACGUGUGUUACUACACUGACGUGUGUUACAAUGUGACGUGUUACUACACUGACGUGUUACUACACUGACGUGUGUUACUACACUGUGACGUGUUACAACACUGUGACGUGUUACUACACUGUGACGUUACUACACUGUGACGUGUUACUACACUGUGACGUGUUACAACACUGUUACGUGUGUUACUACAAUGUGACGUGUUACAAGUGACGUGUUACAACACUGUGACGUGUUACACUACUGUGACGUGUUACUACACUGUGACGUGAUACUACACUGACGUUGCACUACUGUGACGUGUGUUACUACACUGUGACGUGUGGUACAACACUGUGACGUGUGUUACUACAAUGUGACGUGUUACAACACUGUGACGUGUUACUACACUGUGAAGUUACUACACUGUGACGUGUUACACUACUGUGACGUGUUACAACACUGUGACGUGUUACCAAUACUGUGACGUGUUACAACACUGUGACGUGUGUUACAACACUGACGUGUGUUACAACACUGUGAUGUGUUACCACUACUGUGAUGUUACACUACUGUGACGUGUUACACUACUGUGACGUGUUACUACACUGACGUGUGUUACAACAAUGUGACGUGUUACACUGUGACGUGUUACUACACUGACGUGUUACUACACUGUGACAUGUGUUACACUACUGUGACGUGUUACAACACUGUGACAUGUGUUACAACACUGUGACUACACUGUGACGUGUUACAACACUGUGACCUGUUACAACACUGUGACGUGUUACACUACUGUGACGUGUUACAACGCUGUGACGUGUUACAACGCUGUGACGUGUUACAAUGUGACGUGUGCUACAGCACUGUAACGUGUGUUACACUACUGUGACGUGUUACAACGCUGUGACGUUACAACACUGUGACGUGUGCUACAACAUUGUGACGUGUUACACUACUGUGACGUUACAACACUGACGUGUGUUACUACACUGUGACGUGUGUUACACUACUGUGUCGUGUUACUACACUGACAUAUGUUACAACACUGUGACGUGUGUUACAACACUGUGACGUGUUACAACACUGACAUAUGUUACAACACUGUGACGUGUGUUACAACAAUGUGACGUGUUACAACACUGACGUGUUACUACUGUGACGCAUUACUACACUGUGACGUGUGUUACACUACUGUGACGUGUUACAAUACUGACAUAUGUUACAACACUGUGACGUGUGUUACAACACUGUGACGUUACAACACUGACGUGUUACUACAGUGACGUGUUACACUACUGUGAUGCGUUACUACACUGACGUGUGUUACACUACUGUGACGUGUUACAAUGACGUGUGUUACUACAAUGUGACCUGUUACACUACUGUGACGUGUUACUACUGUGACGUGUUACACUACUGUGACAUUUUACAACACUAUGACAUGUUACAACACUGACAUAUGUUACAACACUGUGACGUGCGUUACACCACUGUGACGUGUUACAAUGACGUGUGUUACUACACUGACGUGUUACACUACUGUGAUGUGUCACUACUGUGACGUGUUACACUACUGUGACGUGUUACACCACUGUGACAUGUUACACUACUGUGACGUGUGUUACACCACUGUGACGUGUUACACCACUGACAUGUGUUGCACCACUGACAUUUUACACCACUGUGAUGCGUUACACUACUGUGAUGUGUGUUACAUGUGUUACACUACUGUGACAUGUGUUACACUAUUGUGACAUGUGUUACAUCACUGUGACAUGUUACACUGUGAUGUGCAUUAAUACGCUGUGACAUGUGUUACAACACUGUGACGUGUUACACUACUGUGACGUGUGUUACUACACUGUGAUAUAAUACAACUUGAUAUAACUAUGUAAGACGUGAGGAUGUGUCAAGAUUGUGUUAAAGAAGAAUAUCCAGACAGGGGUACAGUGUGUCUGGACACAGGAACGUACCUGGCAAACCUGCGAGAGUGUCGCGGGUGUGGCCACAAAGAUACACUCGGUGUCAUCAACUCAACGACUUCAACUACACAGGAUUCUCCACAGGAAGUUACAGAAUAUGACCAUGUUUGUGGAAAUUGUAAUCAUGUGAUAGCUACCCACGCUCACCGCUUCUGGGUCGAAGAUGACUAUCAAUAUUACGAGAUGAGUUGCAUGCUGUGCGGGGAAGCAGAAGAUACACGUUGCUGCUACCCCAAUGAUCCACGUCUGGAAGCCUCCCUAUUCUAG